AUGUCUUUAUCGCCUUUUCUUCGAUCGCCCUUCACCGACUUGACUGGCGCAAUGGUCAGUCACCAAUGGUACGGACAAUGUGCAGAUAUGGAAUUAAAGGUGAUGGAUUGUUUAGAGGCGUACGGAGUUGAUAAAGGGCGAAAGAAGUGUGACACUCUCAUUCAAGACUUCCAAGAAUGCGCUUCACGAAAAAUUCGAAACCAACGUAUUAUCGAAAUGCGACAGGAGAGGCAUCGGCAAUAUAAAGCAGGGGAACGUUCGAAGGAAGAUUUGUACGUUCCUACCAUUAAAACAAAUGGAUAUUAG